AUGUUGUCGUGCGCUCGAUGGCUUCGACGCCCACUGACACCACCGUGCCGACCCGUCCCACUGCCCUUGCGUGGCGUGUUUCGCACACGCGCAGUCGUCCAGCGCCCGCCAGGGUCACUGCAGGACGUGGGGUAUAUAGCUUGGCUCAGUAAGGAGUUCUCACCCACUGGGCAAAGGCCCAGACCCCCGCAUAUCUGCGUCUGUGGCUGGAAUUCGGCUGGUCAGCUGGCUUUGAACAACAUUGAGCCGCCGUGCGUGCCUCACUUGACCAUGCUUCCCCCUUGGCCGGGGGUGCGUCGCGUCAACCGUGUGGCCUGCGGGUGGGACUUUACAUACUUUGUGGUGGAGGGCGACGCCAGCUCUUUGCUGGUGUGUGGCAGCAACAAAUACGGCCAGCUCGGCCUGCCCUCCUCAGUAUCGCUGGCCAUGGCAGCCACAGCACAUCCCCUUGGCACAGCUCACCGCAUUAUAAGAGCGGCGGCUGGUAUGCGACAUGGUGCUGUGGUGACCGCCAAUGGUGCCGUGCUGACGGCAGGUCAGGGUCGACAUGGGCAGCUGGGCCGGCCACUCGCCGAUGCAGCGAGCUGUGACUUUGCCUUCGAGGCGUGUGCCAUCCCUUCCGAGCUGUCAUCCAAGACCCUAGUCGCCUGUGGGACUCAACACACGGUCAUUGCCCACCACGCUACUGUGUGGGGGUGUGGUGCAAACAGACAUGGGCAAUUGGGGCGACACCCAACGACGCGAGCAGAGGCACGACGCGCAUCCACGCUCUUGACACGAUUGACAGAUUUCUCGGUCCCCAUCGCGGCACUACACGCUGGCUGGUCUCACACGACGGCAAUUCUGGCCAAUGGCCAAGUGCAGAGUUGGGGUCGUCGAGACUAUGGUCAGCUUGGGGCUCCCCUUGAUGUGGACUCUUCAACUCACGAUUCGGCAGAUCGGCUGUCGUGCGCCACAUUAAGGGUCCCCGAUGGAACCCGUGCGAUAGCGCUGGGAUCAGAGCACGCUCUUCUCCUCACUGCGGCCUCACCGGCUCGCAUCCUGGCUUGGGGAUGGAACGAGCACGGCAACGUGGGCCGUCCUCCAACCUCUGAGCCCAUCGUGGAAACGCCCAUUCCUGUACCCACGCACGGCCAACCCAUUCUGGUAUUGGCAGGUGGCGCACACUCAAUCGUCUUGCAAGUCUGA